GAGAGAGAGAGAGAGAGAGAGAGAUAGGACUUCCUCCCCGAUCGCAAAGUGAAGUCACUUCCCAAAAUUAGCUGAAAAAAAGUUUCAUCCGGUUAACUGUCUCUUUUUCGAUCCGCUACAACAACAAACGUGCACAGGGGAGCGAGGGCAGGGCGCUCGCAGGGGGCACUCAGAGAGGGCCCAGGGCGCCAAAGAGGCCGCGCCGGGCUAAUCUGAAGGGGCUACGAGGUCAGGCUGUAACCGGGUCAAUGUGUGGAAUAUUGGGGGGCUCGGCUGCAGACUUGGCCAAAUGGACGGGACUAUUAAGGAGGCUCUGUCAGUGGUGAGUGACGACCAGUCCCUUUUUGAUUCAGCAUACGGAGCGGCAGCCCAUCUCCCCAAGGCAGACAUGACUGCUUCGGGGAGUCCUGACUACGGGCAGCCCCACAAAAUCAACCCCCUGCCGCCGCAGCAGGAGUGGAUCAACCAGCCAGUGAGAGUCAAUGUCAAGCGGGAGUAUGACCACAUGAAUGGGUCCAGGGAGUCUCCGGUGGACUGCAGUGUCAGCAAAUGCAACAAGCUGGUGGGCGGAGGUGAAGCCAACCCCAUGAACUAUAAUAGCUACAUGGAUGAGAAGAAUGGCCCCCCUCCUCCCAACAUGACCACCAACGAACGGAGAGUCAUUGUGCCUGCAGACCCCACACUGUGGACACAGGAGCAUGUUCGACAGUGGCUGGAGUGGGCCAUAAAGGAGUAUGGCUUGAUGGAGAUUGACACUUCCUUCUUCCAGAACAUGGAUGGCAAAGAAUUGUGCAAAAUGAGCAAGGAGGACUUCCUCCGAGCCACCUCUGUCUACAACACGGAAGUGCUAUUGUCGCACCUCAGUUACCUCAGGGAAAGUUCACUGCUGGCCUAUAAUACAACCUCCCAUACAGACCAGUCCUCACGGCUGAAUGUCAAGGAAGAUCCUGCUUAUGACUCUGUCAGGAGAGGAGCAUGGAGCAAUAAUAUGAACUCUGGCCUCAACAAAAGUCCUCCCCUUGGAGGAGCACAGACCAUGGGCAAGAACACUGAGCAACGGCCCCAGCCAGAUCCUUAUCAGAUUCUGGGGCCAACCAGCAGCCGCCUAGCAAACCCUGGAAGUGGGCAGAUCCAGCUGUGGCAGUUUCUCCUGGAACUACUGUCCGACAGCGCCAACGCCAGCUGUAUCACCUGGGAGGGGACCAACGGGGAGUUCAAAAUGACGGACCCUGAUGAGGUGGCCAGGCGCUGGGGAGAGCGGAAGAGCAAACCCAACAUGAAUUACGACAAGCUGAGCCGGGCCCUCCGAUACUACUAUGACAAAAACAUUAUGACCAAAGUGCAUGGCAAAAGGUAUGCCUACAAGUUUGACUUCCAUGGCAUUGCCCAGGCCCUGCAGCCACAUCCGACAGAGACAUCCAUGUACAAGUAUCCCUCUGAUAUCUCCUACAUGCCUUCCUACCAUGCCCAUCAACAGAAGGUGAACUUUGUCCCAUCUCACCCAUCCUCCAUGCCUGUCACCUCCUCCGGCUUCUUUGGAGCAGCAUCACAAUACUGGACCUCCCCCACUGCUGGGAUCUACCCAAACCCCAGUGCCCCCCGCCAUCCUAACACCCACGUGCCUUCACACUUAGGCAGCUACUACUAGAACUUAACACCAGUUGGCCUUCUGGCUGAAGUUCCAGCUCUCACUUUUACUGGAUACUCUGGACUCUAAAAGGCACAGUAGCCUUGAAGAGAUAAGAAAACUGGAUGUUCUUUCUUUUGGAUAGAACCUUUGUAUUUGUUCUUCUAAAAAAAUGAUUAUUUUUAUGUUAAAAACUUUUGUUUCCUCUACCUGAAAAAAAAAAAGGAUCAUUCCAUGGGCCAGUCCACCAGUUUGGAUUCUCAACCUCCUAUCGUUGAAUGAGUUAAAUAUUUAGGUUACUGGAACAGUUUAUACCAUGAUUCUGAGAAAGAAGUACACAUUUUCUUUAUUCUUUUUUUUUUUUUUUAUAACCAAAGCAGUUUCUUAUCAGCACACGGGUUUCAUCAUUGUAGGAUUCCCUAUGAUCAUGAAUCAUGGACUUGACCAGGGUUGGUCUGGUUUGAGACUUAGUAAAAGUCAAGGCAAGAUGUUUAUAAUCUUAUCUUAGGAGGACUUAAUUCAGUGGAUGGCAACUGGAACACUGGCUCUGAGGUCAGUGAAGUUUUUUGCCCAACUGGAAUUUAAAAGAUGUGUGUCUAUGUGUGUAUUUAAGAAGCCAUUAUUAUUACAAAAUUCUUCACCAUGGGCAGUCUGUGCUUGGGUGACUAUUCUCUCCAGAAAUAGUCAGAAUAUUAAAUAAGAAAGUUUAACACAAACACACACACUCCUGACUGGCAAAGGAUUAAAUAACAUUUUUAUUUUUUUUCUUUUUUGGUUUUGAUUUUUAAUGACAGUGAGUCCCAGAACUUUGAAAAGUCAUGGGGAUUUCUAAACUCAGAUUCGCAAACGCUGUGCGUUUGUCAGACCACCAGACCAAGGUCAAACAAUCAGAAGGCAACUAACUGUAUAAAUUAUGCAGAGUUAUUUUCCUAUAUCUCACAGUAUUAAAAAAAUAAAUAAUUAAAAAUUAAAGAGUAAAUAAACGAGUUGACCUCGGUCACAAGUACAGUUUUACUAUCAAAUCAAUCAUUGUUAUUUUUUUAAAAUAUAAUUUGUACAUCUUUGUCAAUCUGUACAUUUGGGCUAUUUGUACGUUUUUGUAACUGGUUUUUUGUUUUGUUUUGUUUUUUUUAAUAAGCAUAAUGUGACUAUUGAAAACGAGGAGUUAAAAGUCACUGAGUUUUUAGGAAGAAAAGCCUAAAACUACAGUUAUUUAACACGCAUGCCCAAACAAGAUCUGUUUAGACCUACAACGCUUUAGAAAUGUUUGUAAAUAACAGAGUUGCAAUAACCUGAAAAGGACAAACUUUUCUCUGUGCACACGAGGCACUCUCCUGCUCUAUAUAUGCAAUAUAUUUUUAGAUGUGCAAAUAUAUAUAUAAUUUUUCAGGUAAUCGUGACUUUUUAAACGAUAUUGUUAAGGUGACAACUCUUAGUCCACUGAAGACUAAGUUGUAAAAUAAUUUGACCUUAAUAAAUUGUGCCUUCUUCUUUUUCUUCUUCUC